AUGGCUCGAGUCGAGAAGCCCUCUGCUUUGAAAGUGACCCCGGAGGAGAAAGCGGAGGUGAAGGUGCUGGUCGAGCGAGUAGUCCAGCUCGUCCGUGAUGGCGUGACCGGCAUGGAUAUGUUGGAGGUCUUCCUCAGGCGACGUAUUCAGCCGCUUCAAGCUCGUGACCAUCCGAUGUGGAUGUAUUCGGGCAUUGAUGAUUCCACUUGGAUCCACCCAGAAGAGGUUGACGAGGAUACGGUGGAGAAGUGGUUGAGGGGUAUCACUGGCAACAAAGGUAACCCCAGGGGGUCUAGGAGAGUCCCUCCACUCAGCAACUCGUAUGAACCAAACAAGGCCCUUACUGAGAUGUACUCGAUGCCCAACGGGGAGCAGGAGCAGGAUCCAGAGGGGGAGGCGAGUGGAGGCGAGAGCGGCGAGUGGCACUCUGAUGGAGAGGAGGACGAGGAGAGCGACGACUCGAGUGAUGAAGAAGAGAGCGACGACUCGAGUGAUGAAGAAGAGUUUUGGUCGACUCACUGUGAUAGACAUGACCGACUGAAUCUUGAAAUUUGUACUGCUGCUACCUCCGAGACAUCCGCUUACAGGAAUGAAGAUGAAGAAAUGGAAGAUGCAGUCACCUCCAAUCCGGCUCCUCCCAAUGUCAUUGAUCUUCCAGAUGACGACGAGGAUGUGCCGCUGAGGCCUCAGGGGAGAAGAAACAGGAAGGCGUCAGCUGGUAAAACGCCUCAGUCUGCGUCGGCGACGGAAACGGCAAUCCAGGAAGGUGGCAAUGCCAAUCGGACUUCUGUGACUUUCGCCGUACCAUUGACGAGUGCUCAGCCUUCAGCGUCGACUGCGCAGACUCCAGCCGAUAUGAAAUCUUGUGAACUUGGAGCUUGUUUUGCCGACCUGGAGAAGAAGCAGAUUCAGCUCAACAUUGACCUGGAGCUGGCCAAGACAAACUUGCAGAAGACCCUGAACCAGGCUCUGGCAAAGAAGGAUCAAGAUCUUGCAGCCGCACAGAAAACAGCUGAUGAGAAAACUGCACUCACUGAACAGAAGCUGGCUUCAGUCGACAAACUGGAGGAAGAGAACGCCAAACUGAAAACUGCUCUUGAUGAAGCCAACAAGGAGGUGACUCGUCUGAAGAAGGGCAAGAAGGAUCUGACUGAAAAGAUGGAAGGCAUUGCUCGCAAGAGGGACGAUCUGGAGAGCUAUCUGGGAGGGCUUGCCAGGAAGCUGUUCAUCAUGCUUGAAGAAUUUUGCCGGAACUUUGAGGAAGAGACCGGGCAAAUUGAGACGAACUUGGACCCCAUCCUGUCCCCUGUCAGAGAUGAAGCUGCCAUGAAUGUGGUCCGAUUGGAGUCCCGUGUCGCUGGCAUUGUCGACUACCUUGCUCGACUGAAGGUUGCGGUGUCGAGGAUCGAUACAGCACUCUGGCCAAGGGCGACGCUUCUGAAUGACCUCGAGUCUUUGAUGACUCGACUUAAUGAGAUCCCCAGUCGAGUGCAGGAAUGGAAGAAGUCCUCUGCUCGAUGUGGUGCUGAUGUAGCCCUGUCCCUGGAAUGGCGGAAGGUUAUAGCGGGGAUCUAUAGCCCCGCUCCACAACUUGAGAACCGUAACCGGGACCUUGACCCCGGAUACGAAGAGGAUCCAGACAUAUUUGUAGAGCUUGAGGAGGGAGUAUUCUACCAGGCAAGCUAUGAUGGCACAGUAGUGCCCAUCGUGGCCGACUAUCCCGGCCUCCUUCCUGCCUCACAUGAAGAGCGUUCGCCGGACUAUGUUCGGGGAUCCUGCCGGUCGCGCCUCCACCAGUCAGCUGCUCGGAACGGGCUUACCAGUGCCACGGACCAGCACUUAAAAGAUAUGCGGGCACUUACAGAUAAGAACAACCUGUUGUCUCAAGAGCUGGAAAAGUGUCGGACCCAGCUAGCUACGGCUACCGCCAAAUUGGAGAAAUCCAAGGAGGCACCGCCUGGAUCAGUAGAUCAACUGAAAGAGAAACUGAAAGUUGCCCAGGCGAGUGAACAGGAGGCCAAAAGGCAACUGGCAGCAGGCGAACAUGUGCUGACGCGGGUUAGGGACGACAAGAACAAGCUGCAGGAUUCCAACAUCCUGAUGGGCGAAGAGCUAAAAGAUGUACGAGCCCAGCUAGCUGACGCCGUAUGCUGA